AUGGAAAAUAAUCACAAUCAGAAUCAAAACCACAACCCAAACGACAUCCUCAUCUCCGUCGACCCAAUCUCACCACAAGAAACAACUCCACCAACACCACCAUCUGCAACAACACAACAGUCCUCAACCUCACCCCUCGUCUCCCCUGCCCACCUUCGACUCCCCAGCCAAAACGAUGAACCCCGUGAAACCCUUAUCCUCCCCACCUUCGAACCUGACUAUGGUUUCCCUCUCCAGCCCUCCAGUAGCAGUAUUGACCCCACCAGCCCCGAUACUAUCAACGGUGGCACAGGAGGAGUAGGAGGAGGGAGUGGAGUCGAUUACAGUGACAGGAGCCAAGACGUCCCACGACCACUCUCUCCCCCCCACCUUCCUAUCCACCAUGCGCUCCGUGGCGGCGGCGACGCUUAUUACAGGUACCCUCACAGCGGGAAUGCAACGCCCUCUAUUCGAUCAUUGCGACUGCCAGGACACCAGCAAUCCAAUCGGCCCUACAACCCUUCCUUGUUCCGUAACAACGAAUACCAUCCACCCAUGGGUGGGCAUCGGAAUGUCGAUGGGCAACAUGAUACGAGUAAGCCUAUGGUGAUUGAUUAUGCCGGUCUGGACACCUCCGUUGCAGAGGCGGCAUUGAUCGAGAAUGGAUUCACGAGAAACAGCGCCUUCAUGGACUCUACUGGCGGAGUGCUUGGAGGUGAAUUUGAGUCCAAGGAGGGCGAUGCAGGAAGUAAUAAGCUGGAACGGACUUCAACUACCAGCUCGUCCAACUUCCAUGCUGCUGGCCCCACCUCUGCCAACAGUGGGCAGAUUGAGUUCCGUCGUCGAUCUGCAAGAAAGGCCAGCUUUUACAGUGAGCGUGCUCCAAGGCCCCCAUUGCCAGAGUCCCUGAGGUAUACGUUUUACUCGCCAGCAACAGGAGUGGUUCAAGCACCGUCCAUGCCCCAGAUCCUCAACAACUGCACUCUCCAGACACCGGAUGGAGGAUCCAAGACACCGGCUGUGUUUUCUGACCUUCUGAAAGAUGGUUGCUACUGGCUUGAUAUCCUCGACCCCAGCGACUUUGACAUGCAAAUCCUCGCCAAGCAUUUCCAUGUUCACCCUCUAACGAUCGAGGAUAUCUCGACAGAGGAGCAACGCGAAAAGUAUGAGGUGUUUCGACACUAUUACUUUGUCUGCUUCCGGACAUUUGAUCAGGAUUACAACUCAGGAUCCUACCUUCAGCCUGCCAGCAUGUACAGCGUUGUAUUUAGAGACGGCAUCAUGACCUUCCAUUUCCGCCCGGCAGAUCACCACAUGAACGUUCUCCGAAGAAUAGAACAACUUCACUCACACAUCACCCUCACCCCUGACUGGAUCAACUACGCCCUCCUCGACGACAUCACCGACUCCUUUGCCUCGCCCAUCCAAACCAUCGAAUAUGAAGUCGAUUCGAUCGAUGACCUCGUCCUCUUGCUUAGAGAGAAUGAGACGACAGAUAUGUUGAGGAGGAUUGGGUCAUGUAGGAAGAACGUGAUGGCCAUGUCGAGGUUGUUGGCGAACAAGGCGGAUGUAGUGAGGGGGUUGAUGAAGCGGUUUGAUGAACGCUAUGCCGUGGCGCCGUUGGCUCCUUCUUUUGCCACAGUUACCACAACCGCUGCCACAGUUACCACAACCGCUGCCCCCGCAGGAGCAACAGGAGCACCAUCAGUAAAGAACGACGACCCCGGCCACGCCACCAACAACAUGCUCACCGCGCCAGGACUGCAACACCACUACCAUCACCGCGACGGCGAAAUACUGUUGUACCUCGGCGACAUCCUCGACCACGUCUUGACCAUGCUCCAAUCCCUGGGAUCCUACGAAAAGAUCCUUGACCGAUCUCAUUCCAACUACCUGGCACAGAUCUCGCUUGAGAUUAAUCAGCUUUCGAACAAGACAAACGAGGUUGUGGGAACACUGACAUUCUUUGCGAGUUUGAUCGUCCCCAUGACCUUUCUCACUGGUCUCUGGGGGAUGAACGUGCAUGUGCCAGGACAACCAGGACAAGACCCAGGCGAGCCCCUGGACUGGUGGUGGGCUCUUCUAGGUGCUAUGGCGAUCUACUGUGUUAUUGCUGUGCUGCUCGGCAAGAAAUACGGUCUCAUCUUCCAAUAG